CACCUUGAACAAGCUUUCACGAAACGAGUAACAAGCUGGUCGGUGCAUAGAUCAUUUAAAAGAUUUCACCUACUUGUUUCAACAACGGAUACAUCUUUUGCGUGUAAUAAAACAAGUAGUUAGCUGUGGAAUUGUGGAUUUCAGCAGACACCAGAUCACAAAGGUGUUUUUGGACGAUGUUUCUUCUUCCGUGUCUGUUGAUUUGGAUAAACGCAGUGUACGUGACGGAAUCGCGGUGUCCAAAUGAUAGCAUUCCAGUUGUGAACCUGUGUGAGUUCAACUACUAUUUCGGCAAUAACAUCUACCUCGAUGGACGGCUCAUGCAGAGUUACGCUCAAGACUGCACGUGCACCAUUACUCCGACCGUCAACCAGUCGAUGACCUACGUGUCCACAUCUCCCCAAACAGGAAGUGCGCAGUGCGACAACGCGACAUUCAGUAUAAGUCCAGGCAUGACGUCAUCCGUGACGUGGGACUGUACAGACGAUGGCUUUAAUCAAACCGAGGCUGCCAUCAGUAGAACCUCCCCGUGGAAAGUGAGAAUGACAAAAACCACUUCCGGUCUGAUGCUGACAGAAGAUAUUGACACUGGUUACUGUCUGAGACUUUCAACAACUACUGCAAAAUUCACCGUGAGCUGUGUGUCGGGGACGAAUACCACUAUGGACGUAGACGAAUGUGAACAGGACUCGGACAACUGUGACGUCAACGCUUUGUGCACCAACACAUUUGGAUCCUUCACCUGUACCUGUAAAGCUGGGUUCUCGGGAAAUGGUACCAACUGUAAAGAUGUUGAUGAAUGCGGUACUGGAACACACAACUGUAGUAGUAAUGCUGUUUGUACCAACACUAAAGGGUCGUAUGACUGUAAGUGUAACUCGGGAUACACUGGUGAUGGAUUCAGCUGUGCAGGUGAGGAGCAACGUUUACUUGAUUUAAUUUAUCGUCGAUUUAAAAAGUUCAUUGAAAGUAAAUCCUUCUUAAACUUUAUGGGCCGAAUUUACAAAGCCUGUUUAUGUCUUACAUGCGUGUAACUACAUUAAAAACAG